ACCUAAAGCUGAGAGUUGGUCUUUAGCAAUAUUAUUCAACAAUGUCUCAUGCUUCUUCUUCCAAAAUUUGCAAGUACGAUGUCUUUUUGAGUUUUAGAGGAGAAGAUACACGUAGAACUUUUGUGAGUCAUCUACAUAAGGCUCUGGAACAAAGUGGAAUCUGCAUUUUUAAAGAUGAUGAGCGAUUAGAAACGGGAAAAUCAAUUUCUAAUGAACUUUUAAAAGCCAUAGAAGAGUCUAAAAUUGCUAUAGUGAUAUUUUCAAAAAGUUAUGAAUCGUCAAGAUGGUGCUUAGAGGAGCUUGCACACAUCAUAAAGUGUAAAAAUGAAUUGGAGCUGAUAGUGAUUCCAGUUUUCUAUGAUGUGACUCCAUCAGAUGUGCGCCAUCAAAAUACCCCUUUUGCUGAUUCAUUUUUACAAUACAAAGAUGAUAUGGACAAGGUUCAGAGAUGGAGGGCUGCAUUUGUGGAGGCAGGGAAAAUAGCAGGCUAUCAUUUACUUAAUUUCAAGCAUGAAGCAGAAUUCAACAAGAAACUUGUGGAACAGGUGUUAGAGUUAGUAAACCCCACAUGCAUACAUCUUCCAGGACUGGUAAUUGGGCCUAAUUCUCAUGCAGCGGGAGUGAUUUCUCUAUGUGAAUUCUACUCAUCAACUGGUGUCUGCAUGUUUGGGAUCUAUGGGAUGGGUGGCAUUGGUAAAACAGUUGUUGCCAAAGCCGUCUACAAUCAAAUUCACAGGGGGUAUGAAUGUUUCUCCUUUGUGGCUCAUGUAAGAGAGCGCUCGGAAAAUAACAUGCUUCACAACCUACAGGAACAACUUCUAUCUAAGGUUCUAAAAAGAGAGAACUUUAAAGUCCAAUAUAAUGUUGAUAAGGGAAAAUGCCUAAUCCAAGACAGACUUGCUCAGAGGAAGGUCCUCAUUGUUCUGGAUGAUGUCGAUGACAUGAGCCAGAUAAAAGCAUUGGCGGAAGAGAGAAGCUGGUUUGGUUCGGGGAGCAUAAUAAUUAUAACAACAAGAAGUGAGAAUUUGCUAGAUGAUGUUGGAGUAGACUAUAAGUACGAGGUAACACGGUUGGAUGAUUUCUCUUCCAAGCAACUCUUUUGCUUUCAUGCUUUCAAGAAUACUAAUGUACCCGAAAAUUUGGAUCAUGAGUUGGUGAAUGACAUAGCAAGUCUAGGUGGAGGGGUUCCUUUAGCACUCGAAGUUUUGGGCUCUCUUUUGCAUAAAAAGGACGAUCAAACAUGGAGAAGUACCCUCGAGAGCUUGAAAAAUCUUGCUCAUCACAGUAGUAUUCACAAAGCACUCAAAGUAAGCUAUGACUCACUUGAUGAGAACUCUGAGGAGAUUUUCCUUGACAUCGCAUGCUUUUUCAUUGAAGCCCAAGAACUUUUUGCUAGUCUUGUAUUGACUGGUUGUGGUCGCUCUUUCAACUUGGGGAAAGGAAUUUUGAUUGGAAGAUGUUUAAUCAAAAUUGAACAGAAUCAUUUGUGGAUGCAUGAUUUAGUUCGAGAUAUGGCUAGAGAAAUUGUUCGUCAAGAGUCACUUAAAGAGCCUCAUAUGCGCUCUAGAUUGUGGUUUCAUGAAGAUGUUAAUUAUGUGCUACGAAAGAACAAGGUAAAAAAAAACAUCUUUCCUUCCAUUGUCUCUUACAUUUUAAGGGGUAGCGAACGGAUAGAAGGCAUCAGCGCGAUCCAUCCCAGAGUGAAAGAUUUAACUGUUGACACAAAGUUCUUUGCAAGAAUGGAUAGGUUGAAAAUAUUUCAAGCAAAAGGAAUGAAUAUUACUGGAAGCUUCAAAAAUUUGUUUGAGGACCUAAGAUGGCUAAGUUGGCAAAAUUUCCCUUUGAAAUGUUUACCUACUGAUAUUCAUCUAACCAAACUUGUGGCUCUGGACAUGCAAUAUAGCAACAUCAUGGAAGUUUGGCAAUCCACCAGCAAGCCCCUGGAAAACCUGACACAUCUAAAUCUCAGUCAUUGUCAACGACUAAAGCGGACUCCUGAUUUUUCAAGGGCGAUAAGUCUUGAGACAAUAUUGUUUACAGGUUGCUCCGAGUUGGGUGAGAUUGAUUCAUCAAUAAAAUAUUUGGUGAAACUUGUUUACUUAAAUCUGGAAGACUGUGUAAGCCUCAAGAAUCUACCAAGCAACAUUUGCAAGCUAGAAUCACUUCAACAUCUAGAUAUGUCAGGUUGCUCGGGUCUACAACAGCUGCCUGCUGAUUUGGGACACUUGAAAAACCUAAGAAGCUUAUCAUUACAAGGAUGCAACAGAAGUUUAAAGGCUCAAUCUUGGCUGACUUCUAUUUUAUCUUAUGUACCAUGGGCAUGA